CGCAGGAGACAUCACGAUUUCUCGCCCAUAUUUUUGUAGUCUUUUAUCCACUCAUAUCACUAUAAACAUGCGCUGGCUUGCAGCCGCCUUCACAAUCCAGGUCCUUGCUUCGCUGGUCGAAGCAGCCAUCAUGAAUAUUUCAGACACGCGGGGCAUACGAGACAACAAAUACGCUAAAGCACACUACCUACCUGAUUCACACUCCUUCAGCCCGCGAGACGGAUGGGAACCUGUUAAUAUCUCCAAUCUAAACUACAAGUAUCCCGCGUCAAGUCACAAAGAUCACUCCUUCCAUAGAGCACUGCGCAGGUCGUCCCAGAACAUUACAUCUGUCGGCCUCAAAACAUCAAAAUACAGAGAAAAGCACGCGAAAACCUCAAACACAACCACAACCACUGGAUUUUUAGGAACCGUGGUCUCAAGCCUUGCUUCUAUCUUUGCGGGAUGUAUGGGCAAGGGACCCUCGGUGGGUGUGACCAUAACUUGGUAUACUGGCCAUGACCUAGAGAAUCCCAGUUGUUGGAGUAACGGAGGAUGGUCACCAACAGACAAGUCUUUCGUGGGCGCCGUCACCUUGGAUGGUUGGACGACGAAGCCACAAUGCUUCAAGUUCAUCGAACUCUGCAACGGCAGGACGUGUAUAUUCAUUCGUGUCGUGGACAGUUGUGCUGGGUGCGCCGAAGGAUCUCGUCACGUCGACCUGACCAGGGCGGCAUUCAGCGAACUGGCGAGUCCGGAUGAAGGCAUACUGACCGUGCAGAUGCGAGAAGCAACAGAACCCGACAACUGGGACACUGACUUGUGGGGGCCACAGACCACCAAAUCCUGAUCCGCUCAGCGAUGCGCAGAAAACUGUUUGCCUGACACUUGUACCGCUAGAUACUUAUGAGUACGACAUUAGAACUAUUUCCACCAAUUAAGCUUUGAUGGAAACCCUUUUUCUCUUUUUGCCUUCUGCGAUCUUCGCGCGAACUUUUUCCUCGUCGAAGUCUUCCUCUUCAUAGAACUGGGCAGCCCUCUCUGCUUCUGUUCUUCGCCGAAGAUGUUGUAAUGCAACCAGAUUAUAUCCAAUAGUAUCUUUCUCGUGGCGUAAUGACCUGCGGAGGUGGACGCGUAACGGGAUCAAUGCCGUGCGCAUGACACGAUUAGCCACGAUCUGGUGGUGAUGGAUUUUCAAGAGGAAGAACAAUAUACGAGAUACCAGGGACAUAUUCCACCC